AUGCCAAGCUAUCGACAAGCGCCGCAUAAGUUCGAAGGCAACGAAGCCGACCUACUCGCCGAUGAGGCGCUUCAGAGGCCUGAUUUCACAAAGAAACGAUCUAGUGCUUUGGGUCAAUAUCUUGUCGCACCGUUCCUGGCGACUACCUCUCAUGGUGUUGUCUUUGGUGGCCCUUUGACUCCGGUCAACCCAGAACAGCCUGGAUCUGAGAGGACAGAGCCAGUACUGACGGGCGCCCUGGUGCGAUAUAAUAGCGAUGGCACCUUCGUCUAUGUCGGUCGACAGGAUACACAGAUCAAGAUCCGCGGCCAGCGACUAGAGCUUGCGGAGGCAAAUCACCGCCAGAUGGAGAUCCCGGAGGUCAAGCCAUGCCGGUAG